AUGUAUAACGGAUCAGAAACAACACCAGGGUUUUAUCUUCUCGUAAGGGUGAGUGAACUUUCGAUGAUCAAUUAAAUUACAAGAAAUAUGUAAGCUAGUUAAACAAAUAUAGAACUGAAUACUUAUCACGUAAUGAGCACACGAAUGCAACUAUUUGUUUUAAAUACCUCUCAAACCUUUAACUAUUAGUUUUCGACGAGCCAGAAGUAGGUCCGAAAGAGUAGAUAGCAAUUAAGUUAUUUCAGAACUUAUGAAGUAGCUUUGUACUUUCUAGUAAUAAAUUAGUCACAUGUACCACAAAACAUGCGCGAAUCAAAUGGAAACAAACAUUGAUCAUGCAUUUCAACGUGUCGAUUACCAGUAAAAAUCCGUUUCGAGUUUGUCUCGCUGCAUGAAACCCUGAGUCCUUUCGAGUGACACAAUGGAUCGCAAUUAACGUAAUUUUUUCAUUAAUUACUGUCAAAAAUGUCCCAUGUAAGAUAGAAUCACUUCAGCAAAAUGGUAUCAAAGUAAUAGGGAUACAUGCAUGGUUGAUUGCAAAAAAACCUGUCGAUAAAACCAAUUUCGGCAAAAAGUUUUUCAAUCAGAUUGAAAAAUUGUCUCUUUAAAUUAGUGCAUUUUGACAACUGAUGCGAUCAGCCAGGACCUCGUGGGAAAUUUAUCCAUCUGAGUGCGCUGUAUUGUUUCUGUGCACGUAUAGUCCAAGAUGACGUCAAUAUAGGCAAUCUCUGGAAAUAAAACAUAAUGCCCACGCUAAAUAAGGUAUUAAUUAAACACAAAAUAACAAUCGCUAUAAACACUUCACGUUAAUAUCGCCAGUCUUUUCUAGAUAAAGCUUGGGUGAUCAUGAACUAACUCGGUGUAGAAAUUCUCAUCGAGAUUAUUGAAGGAGUCAUAACAACUCUUAGAUUGAGAAUAUCCCAGAACUCGCCGCCAUUGAAGAUUAGCAUGGAUAUCUGCUUCUAACAUACAGCCAUGUGGGCAGAUCUCUAACAGCGAAACUUGCAUGUGGGAAAAGGUGAUAAGUCAAUGAUAGAAAUUUUCAGGACAAUGAUAAUUAUUUCUAUAAGCCGCAACUGUAAGUCAUCGGGGUAGUGUAUUUUUGCAGAGCUAACGGAAUACUUGUUACUGGCCACAAUCUUAUAUCUUCAAAUCAUGGGAGGGUUUAGGAGAAUAAUCACUUUUUACCAUGGGCGGUGGGGUAAUCAUCACAAGGUUCUCACUUCUUUCCUUUUCGCAGUCGGACAUACUUUGAGAGGCAAAUAUGUCCAAUCAUCUGCUUACUUUAAGGAGCGCUGUGCACCUCAUGCAUCAAUGCAUUCCAUUUUGUAGCGCAGCAAAGAUUUCACCUCAGAUACCUAUUCAUUUUCAGGCUGCUGCGGACGAAUCUUCCGUUGCGGCUUGUCCGCUGACCCACCAGGUUCGAAUGAUCUGCAAGCUGAAGAACAUCGAGCCAUUAAUCAUGCCCUUCAACAUCCAAAAGAAGUCCAAGGAGUUUCUUGAAAUCAAUUCUACUGGGAAAGUCCCUGUUCUUGUUCAUCAGCUUAAUCCAGACGAGGCCUUGGUUCUUGAUGAUCCUCUACUCAUUGCCAAGUAUCUGGAGGAAAGGUUCCCGAACCCGCCAAUCAGAAGCAACAACAGAGAGGCUAUUGUCGCUGGUAGCAAUAUCUUCCAAAAAUUUUGCGCCCUCAUCAAAAAUAAUGACCCCGCAAAAGAUCCCGGUCUUCAAACAGCCCUGCUGAAGAAAUUGGAGGAGUUGAAUUCCUUUCUGCUGAGCAGUGAUAGUUCUUUUAUGGAAAGUGAUUCUUUGAGAUUCUCCGACUGUAGCUUGUUACCCAAGCUCCUCCUCGUUCGCGUGGCUGCUAAAGAAUUGAAGGGCCUGGAGAUACCAGGGAAGUUCGAAGGAGUCUGGGACUAUAUUCAUGCUGGCGAGAAACAAGUGGUGUUCCGGGACACGUGCCCGUCAGAUGAGCUAAUCAAAGAGCAUUGGUCCAGGAAGUUUGCAACUGUGCCUUUGUUAGAGGGCUACGAAAGAAAACUUUAG